GUUAAAUAUUCUACUUCGUAGAUGUGACACGACUGGCGUAAAGACUAGCAUACGGCGAUAAAUUAUGUGGGGUCAAAGAUCAAGAGCGUCACCGUUCGUGCAGAGCGCAUGCGUAUUACACGCGGCAUGACAUUUUUCCACACGGCACGCCAUUUUGGAGAGAGAUCUUGCGCACGGCACAUCGCUAAAUUUUGGAACCGUGCGAAAACAACUAGAUCGACGACUCAUGCAAAUCGGAAAGUUUGGAGGAACUUGAUGGUUGGUGCAACCAGCUGCACGUGGUGUGCGCGAUUAGAGAUGGGUUGCCCGGGAAAUUCCUAGGAAGAAGACAUCAUCGGAAAGGGUGUUGGACUAUGACGACUCGCCUUUGUUUCCGUAUGUUAACACCGGCACACCGGGAACACGAUGUGGAUUGGCAAGUCUAGCUGCUGCAGGUUGUGCAGGGCUCCGUGUUGUAAAAAGAGUGACUGCUCCGUGCUGGCGGGCCUUUAUAAGAAGCUUAGAGCGGGGCAUAUUGUCAAAAAGCUAACACUUGGCUCGUCAAACACCCUUGGUCUCAAAAGAACAAUAAAGCUUAGGCUUACUUACGACUUGUCAACUGGUUCUCCUCGCUAGUGGGCCGACUUUGAAAUUCAACUUGUUUUUGUGACUCAAUUUUGGACUUUGAGAUGAGGUGCUUCUUUCGCGAAUUACUAUGAAAUGGGACAAGAAACGAGUUAAGGCCCUAGCAUAUUGUUAGUUGUCUCGUACUUUAGUCGUGGCCUAGUUGAAACGGAAAAUAAACUCGAGAGUUGCAAAACACUGUGUCGGCCGGAAAAUGAAACGAGGAUCCAUCAGCUCAACAGUGUUAUUGACAUUGGCGCUUAGCCUUCAUAUCACCCAUUCUUCGGCGGAGGCAGAUAGUCCCCAACCCGCCAAGGCGCAAGAUGAUCGCGCGGACAAGCUUUCGCCGCUCGGUAGCCUACUAUUGGAUCCCCACCAGGAGCAAGGAGAGUUUCUCCACCAGCUCUUCGAUAAGUACGGCAACGCGAACAGCACCGACGGCGAAGGCAGGCUGAGCUUCGAGGGAUUGUCGGCGCUCAUGGGCAGCAUCGGGCUGGGAGCCAGAGGCGGUGAUGCGUGGCACGACCACCGGGAACUCGGUGGGGCGGUACCGGGGCAGGUCGAUAAUGCAUCCACCCACCAACACAGUCAUGUUGAACAUCACGGGUCAUCCCAAGAUGAACAAGAAGCAGGAACACACGAUCAUGGGGCCGAGUCGUCCUCUGUUGAACCUUUUUCUUUUGAGGACCAACAGCAUUCAGAGGACAGAGAGGCUGCAGUAACCCAGGCAUUGGAUGAUGUACAUCAAGAUGAUGAUCUGAACCCUACCCAACACACUGCCGACGAAGAGGAACUGGAACACAAUCACCUUGCGCAGUGCCUUACCCCGGACGCUCUCCUGGACAUCUUCGAUAUACCGUCCUCCGCGUCCGGCCUGACGAAGGUCCAGUUCCUCCAGAUUUGCCCGGUGCUGCUGCAGCAGUUGGACAGCCACGUGUGCAUGCAGUUUGACGUGAGCGGUCGUGAGGAGCAUCAUCACGAUAGUCACGAUGACCACGAGGACCACGAAGACACGACGACGCACGGGCAUCACGAUCUGAACGCGACGGGGAGCGGUGCAGGCCACCACUCUGGACACGUCUGGGGCUACGGCAUUGCAGCAGUAACCCUCAUCAGCUUGGCCUCCAUCACCUGCAUCCUGGUUGUGCCUUGCAUGCAGCAUUAUCCCCACGUCUACCACCGUCUCCUGUCUGUCUUGGUUGCCAUGGCAGUGGGCACGCUGGCCGGCGAUGCCAUGAUGCAUCUCAUCCCACACUCCCUGGGCAUCCAUGUUCACGACGACACCAAGACCCAGGAGGAAGACGGCCACGCCCACGAGGCCUUGGAGGCAGAGAAGCAGCAUGCCAGGAAUGCAGUCUGGAAGGGCUUCUUCGUGCUGCUCGGCAUCUUCAUGUUCUUCAUCAUUGAGCAACUCAUGGCGUCCUGCCAGCAGGCACGGAAAGACCGAAAGGCGAGGAGGAAGACCAGACAGCGUGCCGACAAGAAGAGCAGCAGCCAGCGACCCUUGCACAGCAGCCAGCGAGAGGACGGCAGCGACGACCAACAACAGGAGGAGGCGCUGCAAGGGGAGUACAAGAAGAUUAACGGCAGCGAAGCCAUCGGAGAGAAACUCUGCCACCACUGCUCGCCGGCCAGUACCUCCGCCGUGGGAUCCAACAGAGAAAUCAUAAGAAACAGCAUGCUCCUUCUUGAAGACUUUGAAUUGCAGAACGGCCGCGUCGACCCAGCCUCAACUUCACACCACCAUCAUCACCACCACCAUCACGAUUGCCAUGACGAUGACCCAGAGAUGGGCCCCAGCCAUCACCACGGCCACAGUCACGACCCCCCGGCCCCGGGGGACAACAGCAUCGCCACGCUGGCUUGGAUCAUUGUCAUGGGGGACGGACUGCAUAACUUCUGCGACGGGCUGAUCGUCGGGGCUGCAUUUGCGGACAGCGUUGCGGGGGGACUGAGCACGUCCAUUGCCGUCAUGUGUCAUGAGAUCCCACACGAGUUAGGUGAUUUUGCGGUGAUGCUGAAGGGCGGAAUGUCCAUCAAGCAAGCGCUGUGUGUCCAGGCCAUUUCGUCCGUUCUAGCCUACAUGGGUCUGGCCAUCGGCAUCGCCGCGGGAAACGUGGAGGCCGUCAGCAUGUGGAUAUUUGCCCUGGCCGGGGGAAUGUUCGUCUACAUCGCCCUGGUUGAUCUGUUUCCAGAAUUGAUUGAGACGCUGAAUGGCAACCCGGGCAAGAAAGUCCAGCUCUUGGGCCUUCAGGCCAUGGGAACCGUCCUGGGUGUGGGCAUUAUGCUCCUCAUCGGCUUGCAAGAGGACUGGCUAAGGGAGCAACUCGACGGAUAAAAACCAGAAGAAAAACGAAAAAGA